UUUCUAGAGAGAGAAGCAUAUAAGGAGAGAGAGAGAGGAGAAGCUUAAUUAGGGUUUCAAAAAAAUCUUGAGACCCUUAAUUAAUCCCCACAUACAUAAGCUCCUCUUCUUCAUCAAGUUUUUGAGGAACCAUGGCCGUGAUGAUCAACCAGCAUCUGUUGGCUGUAACCUUUGGAAUUUUAGGUAACGCCAUAUCAUUCCUUGUAUUCCUCGCCCCAGUACCGACGUUCUACAGAAUCUACAAGAAAAAAUCGACAGAGAGUUUCCGGUCUCUACCGUACCAAGUCUCGCUCUUCAGCUGCAUGCUUUGGCUCUACUACGCAUUGCUCAAACAAAACGCUUUCCUUCUAAUUACCAUUAACUCCUUCGGAUGCGUAGUCGAAACCUUCUACAUCGCGAUGUUCAUCGCUUACGCCGCCAAGGACAAAAGGAUAUCGGCUAUGAAGCUGUUCAUGGCGAUGAACGUUACCUUCUUCUCGUUGAUUCUCAUCGUUACUCACUUUCUUGUCAAGAACUCCAGUCACCAGAUCGUGAUUCUCGGUUGGAUUUGCGUCGCAAUCUCUGUUUCAGUCUUCGCAGCUCCACUCAGUGUCGUGGCUCGUGUGAUACGGACAAAGAGCGUGGAGUUCAUGCCUUUCACACUCUCCUUCUUCUUGACGAUCAGUGCCGUUAUGUGGUUCGCUUAUGGCUUGUUCCUCCACGACAUAUGCAUAGCCAUUCCGAACGUGUUGGGAUUCGCAUUGGGAAUGGUUCAGAUGAUUCUGUACGGAAUCUACCGGAACUCGGAGAAAUCUAACUUGGAAAAGAAGAUUCAAGAUCAUCAACUCAAGACGAUUGUCGUCUUGAGUCCGUUAGGUGUGUCGGAAGUGUACCCUGUCGACGUCGCCGUCGACGUCGACGUCACGUCUCAAUCGAACGGCGAGGAAGAGAAGGCGAUGACGCCACGUGGAGGAUCUGACGGUGACGGAGGAGAUACGGCCGAAACUGGAAAGGAGCCGUCAGGAGGCGAAGAGGGCAAGUGCCACGUGGAGUGUGCCUCUCAAGAAGCCGUCUGAAGUGUCACUUUGUAUGUUCAGGGGCAAAAUUGGAAAUCCCAAAGUUUUCUCUCUCUCUAUCCCCCACAUUCGCCGGAGAGGGGAAGAGGAGCGUAUGUACGUCUGUGGUAAUUAUAUUUAUAUAAAUUGGGGUUACCUUUUUUUUUU